AAUUUGUGGUUACCUUGGAGAAGGCCAAACAAAAUAUAGCAAUGAGGAUCUCUCAGAAUGUCCCACCUUUAUUCCUCUGGUCCAAGUGAAAUCAAAAACAGCUAGUGUAGCGCUGCCAACUCUUCCCUGGAGCUCCUUUUUGAGACUUUUUUCAUGUGUAGCCACCAGGAAAAUGCAGAGGAGGAAAGAGGUCCCCACAUUUCAAGAGAAGACGAAAGUCUUAUUUAGAAAUCUUAUGGACGAAGAAAUGAGUCGCCAGACUGCCACCGCACUGCCCACAGGAACCUCAAAGUGCCCUCCCUCCCAGCGCGUGCCCACCCUAUCAGGCACCACCGCCUCCAACAGUGACCUGGCCAGCCUGUUCGAGUGCCCGGUUUGCUUCGACUAUGUCUUGCCCCCCAUCCUGCAGUGCCAGUCUGGACACCUGGUAUGCUCCAACUGUCGGCCCAAGCUCACUUGCUGCCCGACCUGCCGAGGUCCCCUGGGCUCCAUCAGGAACUUGGCGAUGGAGAAAGUAGCGAACUCGGUCCUCUUCCCCUGCAAAUAUGCAUCAUCGGGCUGCGAAGUCACCCUGCCCCACACAGACAAGACGGAGCACGAAGAACUGUGCGAGUUUCGACCGUACUCCUGCCCCUGUCCUGGCGCCUCCUGCAAGUGGCAGGGCUCCCUGGAUGCUGUCAUGCCUCACCUGAUGCAUCAGCACAAGUCGAUCACCACACUGCAGGGGGAGGACAUUGUGUUCCUGGCCACAGACAUCAACCUGCCUGGCGCGGUGGACUGGGUGAUGAUGCAGUCGUGCUUCGGCUUCCACUUCAUGCUGGUGCUGGAGAAGCAGGAGAAGUAUGAUGGUCACCAGCAGUUCUUUGCUAUUGUGCAGCUCAUCGGAACACGCAAGCAAGCAGAAAACUUCGCCUACCGACUGGAACUCAAUGGGCACCGGCGCCGACUGACUUGGGAGGCCACACCGCGCUCCAUCCAUGAGGGUAUCGCCACGGCCAUCAUGAACAGCGACUGUCUGGUGUUCGACACAUCCAUCGCACAGCUGUUUGCAGAAAACGGCAACCUUGGCAUUAAUGUCACCAUCUCCAUGUGCUAAGAGCCUAUGACACAGGAUUCAAAGAGUCACGGGUUCUUGGGGGUGGGGUAGUAAUGGGGGGGUGGGGGAGCAUUAUCUCGGGUCACAUGGAAGGCGACCCGAUGGCGCCUCCUGUCUGCCUCACCCCCUUGACAUCAAACUGGACUGUCUGAUUGGGCAGCCACGGAGGCCCUGGGGGUGGGAUGGAUGGACACACAGACGAGGACAUAACUGUAGUGAUGCUAUAGACUUAAACUCGUAUGUGAGACUUGUGAAGGUGCACAGUCUCUCUCGUGCUCAUGAACACAAACUAAAAAGCAGUUCCCACUCAUCUUGCGUUAUGUCACCGUGUCAGAGUGGUUUCCUCAUCGCUGCUACCUGCCUCUUGUUGUGUCUCACACCAUUUUCUUCUCCCUCGUCGUCAUCGCACAUUUCAGGCGAUGCAGCAUUGGCUGAGAGACGCCGCACACACGGCGUUCUGAGGAAGCCUCAAGCUAGAUUUCAACAUGGACUCCUGGUCAGUACUGGGUAGCUCACUGCUAUCUGGGUUUCUCCUCUUCUGUGUGGAAAAAUGCCUCAUUACCUCUGAGCGUUCCUGCUAAGAACAGUCCAUCUGCUUCGCUACCCACAGCGCCACAACACAUGCUAACACAACGACGACACAUGCUAUUAGAAUCAAAGCCAGACCUGUGGAACGUGAUGUGACUCUUCUAUUGAUUAGCUUAAACCCAGAGCCUACAGCUCCUUUUGGCCGGGUCUCAGAUCCAGGAUGUGCUUGAGUCCAACUGCCCUAAAACCUUUACCCAUUAACACCGAUGUAGCAGCCAGUUAAAUUCAGAGAAAACUUCAGCCUAGAUCAUCUGUGUGACACCAGACCAGAACAAAACCAGUCCAAUUCAGUCCCCAUGCUGCUGAAAAUUGAUCAUCGAAUCACUUUCCAAUGGUUCAAGUUCCAACUGGACUUUGCUCUGUAUGGAUUCAAUAAGGCUGCGGUAGUUCUGGAUUAUUUCUCAGUGUGGAGAAAUAACACACACCCUCAUAUACACACACAAACUGUAGACUGUGUGAAAUGAGGUUUUUUUUUUUUUUUUAAUUUAGCAUUUCAACAUUUCUUUGGGGAUUAUUGUCUAAAUAUGUGUUUGCUCUUUUUGUGUAAAAAGAGAACCGCGCGUGUGUGCGCGUGCGCGCGCAUGUGUGUAGGUACGUGCGUGCUUCCGUAUGUGCGUGCCAGAGGUGGCAUUUGGCGAGAUGCCCGCUCACUUCCUCCCUUUACUCUCCCGAUCUCACUUCAACUCAAUCUUGCUGUGUGCGGCAGUUGUUGCCCACCAACUGAUCACCCAAACAGAACUGAGGGACAGUUUGUACCGUUACAAUGUUGCUAUUGUUAUUAAAAUUGAGAUUAUCAUAAAUAUCUUUGUUUUAAUGACUUUUAAAAACAAACAAAAGGCGGUUCUAAAACUUGUGGCUGAACUUCAGUGUUUGUAGUUAAAAUCAAACUGUGUUGUUCUUCUGAUGGUUUGUUUUUCAGAGUUGACUUGUUUCUCCUGAUUUUGUCUUUCUGUCCUCUUGUGUGGUCUUCCUAUUUUAUUAUUUCUCUGUGGGUGGAGGCCAAGCCAGUCGUCUCCCCGUUCUCUUCAUGUGGAGUGUGAGUAAUGUUGCUGCUCUUUCUCAACUCGGUUUUUUUUUUUUUUUUUCUGUUUUGUCAUUAAAUAAAUCUAUCUUUUUCAUA